UGCCCACCCACAAACGGAUUAGCUAGCAUGGACAGAGUUGUGUGCACCUCUCUUGUAGUCCUCGCGCUAGCUGUGCUCGCCGGCCCGGGCACGAAGGCGGCGGCGCUCGCCGGUGGCACUGCCAGCAUGGACGCGGGGUCGACGGUGCGACCUCAGCUGAUGUCAGCGACGCAGUCGUUGUCCAUGAAGCUGGAGGACGGCGUGGCGCCGGAGCUUGCGGCGGCAUCGGUGGUGAACCUGGAGGUGCACCGCCGCGUCCUUGGUGAGAUCAACCCAGACGUCCUGGGAAAAGAUGUCUGCAUGCCGCGUUGUCCGGCGAAGGGACAGCCGUACACAGGCCAUGCAUGCAAAAACAUUUACAAAUGCCCAAAUACCUGAAUGGACCAGCACGACGUACGGGCGUCGGCGCAACCUCCUUCCUGCCCUGCGUCCGUAAGUACGUCCAAGGUUCAUGUGGGUGCACUCGCGCGCGUUCCACUUCCAU